AUGAAUAAUGAAGGCUAUAUGCAGUUGACAGAUGAAGACGAAUCAGUGUCACCCGCCAGCCCAAGUGCUCUACAACAGUUACAUCCUAAUUGGUUAGUGAAAUUUCAAUUAUUGAAGACGAUGUUUGGUACGCUGGUAUUUUUAAUUUCAGUUUAUUUCUUCGAAUAUCUAAUCAAUCAGGCUUUUUUUGAAUUAAUGUACUUUCCAAAUUCCAAUCUAACUGCACCAGAACAAUACAGAUGGUAUCAAGUACUUUAUCAACUUGGUGUAUUUAUUUCACGAUCGUCUGUCAGCUUUAUUCAUAUUGAAUCCACUUGGCUGUUGUCUUUGUUACAGGCUAUAAAUUUUGUGAUAUUUUUAUUACAAGUAAUGUAUGCGUAUAUUCCAUAUAUAUGGAUUAUAUUCAUAUUGAUACUUUAUGAAGGCUGUCUAGGCGGUCUAACCUAUGUGAAUACAUUUUAUAAUAUUAUACAACGUACGAAUACUGUUUAUCGAGAGUAUGCUAUGGCAAUGGCUGCUGUCUCUGAUUCAGUCGGUAUCUCUGGAGCUGGUUUCUUGGCGAUUCCAUUGCACAAUUGGUUAUGUAAUCGAUUGAAGUAA